UUUGUUUUUAAUGCUUCCAAUAUUCAUACAGUACUCUUCAGUGAAGUGUGUUUGUGUUGUGAUUUACUGCAGGCUGAAGAUGGAGGUCAUGAAGAGCAGCUGGUCUCCUUUGAUAAUAAUGAUGAUUGGGGUAUGACCACCACUCAGACAGAAGACGUGGCCAUAACAGAGGAGGACCUGGAGCUCAUUAAAGAAAGAGAAACUGCCAUUCAACAACUUGAGUCGGACAUUUUGGAUGUGAAUCAGAUUUUCAAGGAUCUUGCAGUGAUGAUCCAUGAUCAGGGUGAAAUGAUCGAUAGCAUAGAGGCUAAUGUGGAGAGUGCAGAAGUGCAUGUGGAGAGAGGAGCUGAGCAACUCCAGAGAGCAUCUCACUAUCAGCAAAAGUCUCGUAAGAAGAUGUGCAUCCUGGCAGUGGUCCUUGCCUUAUUGGUCGGUGUUAUCGCCCUUAUCAUCUGGGCGUCGACAAAGUGAAGAUCCUUCCUCUACCCUUCCCCUUUUUCUCUCAUUUCUUUAUUUAAUUUAUUUUCUCGCUCGCAAACCCAGUGCCAUCCACAUGGGAAGGGAGGCUCUCAGCAGCACCUGUAGGUCCAUCUCUGUAGUUUUGCAGGGUUAGAUACAGUAUGAAGUGGCUUAAGCGAAUGUAACAUUCCCUAGACUCUCCCCUCCGGACCCUUAGUUCUUAAUGAAGGAGGAUGAGCUCUCGGAUGGGGUGGGAAAAAGUGAUAUAAUUGAUUCUUGUGAUAUAUUUCUAGCACUAACACUACUUUACAUUUCUUAAUAAAUCCAGGUUAUUUCAUUUUGAGAAUUUCAUUGGAUUGCGGAUAAGGUGUAAAAAUGACAUUUUGAUGACUGAAGUUUUGACUGAAUCUUACUGUAAUAUAAUUUUGGCUUUAGAUGUUUUGUACAUUGUACAUUUCAACUCUUUCAGAUUUGUCAAGUCACUCCAAAGGUUAACAACAAACUGCUUAGAGGAGCUGCAAAAUUAAUCGUACAUUAGACACCAUGUUAUUAAUACCGUAAACCAGUAGACUAGUAGAACUGCAAAUAUGAAGCAGCAAUGAUACUUAAAGCUCAAACAUUUCUCAACUUCAGUUUCAAUACUGUUACCGGUGUUAACUGAUAGGUUUAUUAUACAGGUCUAUUAUAUGGUGGUCAUAUAGCUGUAAAUGUGUUGUAUAAGAACUCAUAAUCAAUAUUAUGGCUGAAAUUGAAUUGUAUAUUACAACAUUAAAAGUCUGCACAGUACAUAAAAAUUAUGUAAAAAGAUUUGCACCCAUACUUUUAGAACAUGCAAAAAAGGAUUGUCCCUUUUCUUUUUUAAAAAUUGAUUUAUAUGACUUCUAUGAGUAUGUGAGUAAAGAAAUGUGUCUUAAUCAAACCUGCCUUUCUGAUUCUCUCUUAGAAAUGUUGAAGCCACAUUUAGCAGUGGUGAAAUAAGCACUGAGAAUGUGAGCAGUCAGGAUAUGCUAUAUAUUUCAGAAAGUACACUGUGUACACUAUAUUAACCCAGUGUUCUCUGCAGUCUGUUGAUUGGCUUUGGUUGUGUGUGCUAAUUAAAGUUUAUUACCCUCUAGGCUUACCAUUAAAAAUAGCCAAACUUUGCCAGGCAACUAGUGUAACUGUUUUGGCUUUAGACAUGAAUGAAACCACAAAUGCUGUGGCUUUUUGAGGGCCGUUUUUUAAUGGAUCAGACUUAAUCCAGAAAUGUCAUCUGGUGGACAAUAAUAAAAAGCCACCCAGAAACAACGAAAUGGUACAUUUUAGCAGAUGCAUAAAAAGUGCUUAACCAUUCUGGCAAAUUCAUAGCAAUACCCUGAUUUCAUGGCAAAUGUAAUUGCUGUAUACAUUCAGGUAUGCAUGCUCAUAAUAGAAAUAUUAUAGACUCAACAGCAGAUGUCAGUGUAAAACAAGAUUUUGGGAUUUAAGACAUUGCUUCUACUGAGGGUAUAACCCACAGUACCAGCCAAGUAUUGCUAUCAUGCAUUUCUUUUUUGUCCUGUGCAUUCUUUUUUUUUCUUCUUUUUUUUUAGAACUGGUACUUUCAUACUUGUUACAAAGUUAGGUAGUAUGUUACAAAGCAAACUGCUACCAGUGUGAUUAUUUUAGAAUUCCUUCUAACAAAGUUCAGCUUUCCGUUGGACCUGAAAUAGUAAUGUUAGCUUGAAUUAAAUACAUAUGCUUAAACCCAAA